ACAAGAUGGCGGCUGCUCGGCAGUGGGGCGCUCGGUGUGCUGUCUGAGCGCUUUGGGGCUUCUAACGCGGGCGCGGUUCUGUAGUGCGGACCCCGCGAGGCACCAGGCAUGGGCUUGCCGCCGCCGACCCCUCUGUUCUUGGGGGUCCUCCUUCUGCAUGGCAUCCUGAAGCCACUGUGGGGGAAACUGGUUUUCAUCCCUGCUUUCAUCCGCAUGUCCAGCCCUUUGGUCAGCGCGUCCCUAGUCGGAGGCACUGAGGAUGUGACCUUGUCCCUGGCCGUGCUGCAGGACAAGGCAGGAUUACUGCCAGUUCCUGCUUGUGGCAUGCUUCACAAUGAGAUAGGAGACUGGAGUUUGACUGUGACCCCCAGUGUGGUAAGGCCAGAGGAUGUGUUGGAAGUGACAGUGAGGUUGAAGAGAGGUCUGCAGGGGUGUUCCUCUAAUGAGACAACCUCCUUCCCAGAGUCCCCAUGCAUUGUCCAAACUCUUCUGGUGUCAGCGUCUCGCAAUUCAUCCUGUUUAGCACAUCUACUCAUUCAAGUGGAAAUUUAUGCCAACUCUUCUCUGGCCCAUAAUGCAUCAGAGAACGUGACGGUUAUUCCUAACCAGGUGUAUCAGCCCCUUGGUCCAUGUCCUUGUAAUUUAACAGCCGGGGCCUGCGAUGUUCGCUGCUGCUGUGACCAGGAAUGCUCAUCAGACUUAAUAGAACUCUUCAGAGAGUCCUGUUUCACCGGUGUUUUUGGAGGAGAUGUUACUCCUCCUUUUGAUCAGCUCUGCUCAGUUCAGAGGGCACACGGAGUGCCAGGCUGGUUUCCGUUCCUGUGUGUGCAGUCCCCCAUUGCCAACUCACCCUUCCUUGGUUACUUCUACCACGGCUCUGUUUCCUUGAGAGAGCACGCUUCCUCUGAAGUGUAUUUGCACACCGAUCCAAAAGACUUUUCAGACUUUGGUUACAAACAAGGAGAUCCAGUUAUGACUGUAGAUAAGACAUAUUUUACUAUUCCACAGGUGUCCCUGGCUGGGCAGUGUAUGCAGAAUGCCCCAGUGGCAUUCCUUCAGAAUUUUGAUGUUUGGUGCAUUACUGAUUUGGAAGUCUACCAAGAACCAGAUGAUAUUGUCAAUGUGAAGAUAAAGAAUGGUGCUAUGGGAGGCAUCGUUACACCCAAAGUAACCUAUGAGGAAGCAACCAACCUAGACAAAUUCAUCACCAGUACAGAAACACUUUUAAGUAACGGAUCAGCCCCCAGAAAUGUGAAUGUGGAAGAACAUUAUAUUUUCAGAUGGAAUAAUAAUACAAUCAGUGAAAUAAAUGUCAAAAUUAUCAGGGCAGAAAUUAACGCCCACCAGAAAGGAAUCAUGACACAGAGAUUUACAGUAAAAUUUUUAAGCUAUAACAGUGGUAAUGAAAAGGAAACAUCUGGAAAUCCAGGUUACCAGCUUGGCAAGCCUGUCCGAGCUUUAAAUACCAACAGGAUGAAUGUUACGACUUUACACCUUUGGCAGUCAGCUGGAAAGGGUUGGUGUAGAACAGCAACUUUCAAGCCCAUUCUGUUUGGAGAAAAUGCAUUCUCUGGGUGCCUUUUAGAUGUUGGGAUUGAUGAAAGCUGUACUCAGCUCAGAGAGAACGCUGCUGGACUACUUGAUUCAUUAAUACAAGCAACUCAUGUUGCAAUGAGAGGCAACUCUGAUUACAGUGAUCCUAGCGAUGAUGGCUGGCUCAAAAUAAUACGUGCAGACAGCCCUGAUACAGGUGCAGAGCCGUCUGUUAGCAGCGCGAAUGGCACCUGCCUGGAUGUUCCUGCUCAGCUGAGUAUCCGCAUCCUUUUCUCGGAUGCUGGCGCAGUGGAAGGGAUCACUCAGCAGGAGAUACUGGGUGCAGAGACAAGGUUCUCCUCGGUGAACUGGCAGUUCCAGUGUGGACUUACUUGUGAGGAUAAGACUGACCUUUUCCCACUCAGCGCAUCAGUCCAGUUUAUUAAAAUACCUGCACAGUUACCCCGUCCACUGACAAGAUUCCAGAUCAACUUUACAGAGUAUGACUGUAACAGAAAUGAAGUGUGUUGGCCGCAACUUCUUUACCCAUUGACCCAGUAUUAUCAAGGGGAGCCUUAUGCUCAGUGUGUCGCCAAAGGCUUCCUGCUGCUGUCCUUGCUCAUGUUAGCCGUGUUCCUUAGUAACCCCUGGACCAGAAUACGCAAAGCUUGGAAUUCAGCUACCAUCUGACUUCUUACAGACCAUAGAGUUUUACUUCAGUGAUUUCUUGUACUCCUGUGUGCCUCUCUGUAAAAUUUUAAUAAACAAAGUGUUUUAUUUUUGUA